AUGUCCACUACACAACGAAGUGAGAGUAUAAAGGCCUUUUUUGAUGGUUAUGUGGGGCCAAAGACUCCGUUGAAGAAAUUUGUUGGAGAUUAUGACAAUGCUUUGAUGAGAAUGGUGGAGAACGAGCGUCUAUCUGAUUUUGGUUCGUACAAUAAAAUGUUUCCACUGAUAACUCUUCGUUCUAUUGAGCAUCAACUUCAAGCUAUUUACACAAAUGAAAAGUUCAAAGAAGUUCAAGAGGAGUUUAGGGUAUUCAUGAUGUGUUUGCCAUCCUUACUAAAAUGCGAAUGUGCGAUUUCUAAAUAUGAAGUUAUUGAUCGUGUAAGAGUUAAUGGUGACUUCACAAAAGAAGUAAAAUAUUGUGUUUACUUUAAUGACACUGAAUGUGAGGCAAAAUGCACUUGUAGAUUGUUUGAAUUCAGAGGAAUCAUGUGUAGACAUGCUCUUAUUGUUCUUACCUUGGUGAAAGAUGUGAAAGACUUGCCAUCCAAAUAUAUUCAUGACUGA